AUGACCAAAGAUCUCUUCGAGCAGUCAAAUCAAAACGGCGGAACGGAGAUGCACGGCUGGGAGCUAGCCACGCAAACUCGAGCCCACGACGACUACGAGGAGUUGACAGAUGAGUUGACAGGGGUGAACGCGGCAGACACAGAAGAUAAAUUCAAAGCAUUUUUCAACGACCACGACUCGUCGCAUCACAUGGCGCUGUACCGGACGCUCGGGGGACAAGGGCAACCAAGCGAGCACAACGUCGACGUUCUGUGGGACAAGUUGCAAGCAAAGGCGACUAGUAGUGAAAGUGUGGAAGAUGUCGUUGGUCAUUACAUGUCCCCUCUCCUCAAUCAUGACAAUGUGGAUGACCUCCUCCAUGUGGAAGGCGACGAUCCGGAGGAAAGCCAUGGCGUGCUUUCGCCUACCGUACCGCCGGGUGACGCGGUGCAUGAAAGCAUAGAACCUGCGCAAGCGGCGCCGACAGACGGGAUUGCAGGCACCGGGAUCUCGACGUGGACUGCCGGGGAAUUGCUGGCUGUUGGUGCGACUGUUGGGGGUACUUUCUACUUAAAAAGCCAAGCA